AUGCCCAGGAAGACUCGCGAGUUCGUCUCCGAGUGCCAGCUCACCCCCAAGGACCAGGACCGCUUCCAGCGCGCUGAGGCUGCCAACGACAACGGCUUUGUUUCGCUCCCCUUCUUCGCUGCUGCCAUCGUCGCCGGUAACCUCGCCAAGCUCCCCAACAAGACCCUCAACAACGUUGCUGCGCUCUACAUUGGUUCCCGCAUCGCUUUCAACAUGCUCUACAUCUUCGGCACGACCAACGCCUCCGGCAUCGCGCGCUCGGUCGCCUGGCUCGCGGGCAUGGGCGGCUGCCUGUCGCUCUUCGUCCAGGCCGGCAAGACGUUCCAGAAGGCCAUCUUCUAA